GAGGCUCUCUACUUACAUGGCAGGAUUAAAAUGUCGCUCUCAUCUAUCCUUUCCGCUGAUGCCAUCGAUAGUGCUCUCAAGGAAUGCCAAGCACCAGACUCAUUCUGCCCCAAGAGAUUUUUCAAAACAUGUGGCCUCAACAAGAAAAGCCCUCAGGAUGUGAAGAAGGUUUUUGGGAUCCUGGACGAUGAUGCCAGUGGCUUUAUUGAGGAAGAAGAACUCAAGUUUAUUCUCCAGAGGUUUAAUCCUGGCGCUCGCGUUCUGACAGACAAAGAGACUAAAGCCUUCAUGUGCGCUGCUGAUGAUGACAGCGAUGGCCGAAUUGGAGCGGAAGAGUUCCAGGCCAUGAUCUCAUCCUAAACAGCUGGACUCAUCCUGUCCAACCUGACAUGACCCCCUCCAACUAUAUUCCACUGCUUCAAGGGCUCUUUUAGUGUCAGUCAACUAUUUUCCAUCUGUUAGAUUAAAUAUUUUGAUUUUUUUUUUUUUAUUCUGCAAGACUUAUUCCUGGCCACAGAAUCCACAUUCAGAUUGUUUGUGUGUUUUGUUUUAAAUCAUAAAGUUUUA